UGUGUCGGGUGCCCUUGCCCUACAAAGGCUGCCUUUAAAAGAGAAACGCAGUGCUAUUUAAUGAGCUGUGAGAUGAGGCACUGCUGCUAACGCUCAGAUCCCAGGAUUCAUCGGCUAUUCAUUGUGCUUAAUGUACAUGUUUCUGCACCGUGCAUUUAGGAGAUCCCAGAGAAGAAUCCAAAACGGCUGCGGGGGAAAGACCACCAAACAUGCCUACAGAAACAUUACCGACAGGUAGCAUGGUGAAGCCGGUCAGCCCUGCCGUGACUUUCACAUCUGCCGUUCCUCUCCGCAUCCUGAACAAAGGACCUGACUAUUUUCGCAGGCAGGCGGAGCCUAAUCCAAAAAGACUGAGUGCAGUGGAGAGGCUCGAAGCCGACAAGGCGAAAUAUGUCAAGAGCCAGGAGGUCAUCAAUGCCAAGCAGGAGCCUGUGAAGCCGGCGGUGCUGGCAAAGCCGCCAGUCUGUCCUGCAGCCAAGCGAGCGCUGGGGAGCCCCACCUUGAAAGUCUUCAGCAACAAUGCAAAAACUGAGAGUGGAGUCCAGAGAGAAAAUCUGAAACUUGAGAUUUUGAAGAACAUCAUCAACAGCUCUGAAGGCUCCAGCUCAGGUUCAGGGCAUAAGCACGGUCCCCGAAAUUGGCCACCCCACAGGGCCGAUUCAACAGAGCUGAACCGACACUCGUUCGCUGAAUCCCUGAAGGUUUACCCCACACAGGGCCGGAGCAGCCCACAGGAGAGCAGCUCCAAUGUCAGCAGAAGGCUCCUAGAUCAGUCAGCAGAGACUUUCUUGCAUGUCUCUCACAGCUCUUCAGACAUUAGGAAAGUAACUAGUACAAAGCCCUUAAAAGCAAUACCCUGCAGUAGUUCAGCCCCACCUCUGCCUCCAAAGCCCAAAAUCGCUGCCAUUGCCACCCUGAAAUCCCCAGAGAUUGAGGCAGUCGAGUCUGGAUGCGGAGUUAGUAGAAGACCCUCCCUACAGCGAUCAAAAUCAGACUUAAGCGACAGAUACUUUCGCGUUGAUGCAGAUGUUGAACGAUUCUUUAACUACUGUGGACUGGAUCCUGAAGAGCUUGAAAACCUUGGGAUGGAAAACUUUGCAAGGGCUAACUCUGAUAUUAUAUCACUCAACUUUCGCAGUGCAAGCAUGAUUAGCUCAGACUGUGAACAGUCUCAGGACAGCAACAGUGACCUUAGAAAUGAUGACAGUGCCAAUGACCGUGUGCCAUAUGGCAUUUCUGCCAUUGAAAGGAAUGCCAGAAUCAUCAAGUGGUUAUAUAGCAUCAAGCAAGCUAGAGAGUCACAGAAAGUGUCCCAUGUGUGAGAAAGAAAUCCACCACAGAAAAAAGCAAGGACUGUAUCUUUGUCUGUGAAUAUUCAGUUUGUGAAGGGUUGUGAAGUCUACUUGAAGUCUUGUACCCUUCUCAAAUCUCUUUGUGUUGCUUGUUGUGCAAUGUUUCCAAGUUGCAUGCCUGUCAACAUGUGAGCUGACCUGGCUUCCACUUGAACAGUAACUAACUACAAAGCCUGGCUGAGCAUACACAUUAUCUGCCAAAAGUUUAAGACAAGAAUCUGAUUAGGGCUUCAGUAUAAUCAAAGUGUUUACAUGGAAAGGUUAUAUGACUUCUUUGGUAUUUAUGUGGUUCCUUGUGGAUUUUAUAUAUGUCACUUUUUGUCUUAAUACAGAUAUUGUCAACAGAUGUUACUUGUUUCUAAGCUGAAACGGAAUCCCUUUAUUGGGAAGAAAAGUGGAAUUGGCCAAAAUAUGAGGUUUAGGCAUACAACAAUAGGCAAAGCAGCCUUAUCUCUUGUAGAAAGUGCAUUAUUGGCACACGAAAGCUGUUUCUAAAAGGCAAAGAAUGCUACCUUCUUAAAUUAUGUAUCAUUGUUAAACUAUAUAUCCCUACUUGUAGUAAGGCACUGUUCAGUAAAAGUUUCUUUUUCCUAGAUAAGCUCCCUCUCUUUUACAGCAGAAGUAGUCUAGUGAAUCUGCUUGACCUCUCACAAAUUACAUGAGUCUUGCAUUUGGGUUUGUGUAAGCAUUUUAAUGAUUUUGUAUUAUACCAGUUGGAAAAGCUUAAAGAAUGUUGGAGUCAACAGAUGAAAAUGGCGCAGGUGCAGGAUUUUGUGGGUUUGAUUUUUACUCAAAGAUUCCUGGUCUUAAACUUUUGACAGGAAUAAUUAGAUCCUAUAGCUGAUAUUGAAUGCCUUUAUUAGUCAAAACACAUCUGACUACAAACUCCAUUCUGUCUUAAUUUUUUUUGUAAACCUAUUUGAAAAGUUAAUCAACAAAAAUGGAAGCACACAGCCAUAUCAAUAUAAUGCCUCCUAUUCAGAAGUAAAUACACUCAGUAGCUGAACUAUAUCUGAAAAAAUGUGAUUAUGUUGUCUUGCAUAUGUUAUAUCUAAGGCUGUGAAAGUUUGUUCCAGCUCUAGGAAAGUGUAGAAACAUGACAGUAUGUAGCUUUUAUUUUCUUUUUUUUUUCCUCCUUAAGAUGGUUAGUGCUGCGAAUCAACCUGUUACAAAUCUUUCAACAAUCUGUCUUCCCAGUGGCUUAACUAACUGUCAUUUCAACUGACAGUGGUUGUGUGGUAGUGGAGAAGUUGAAAGUACAGUGGCCUGCUUCAUUAUUAUUGUUUUCAUGCUUUGAAGUAAAUUGCAGCACUACCUUAAUACUACAUCAGCUAAUAGGAAACUUUUUUAUUGUGUAAAUGCUGUAAGACUUUGUAUAUACUUCAGUUGUUACAAAAUCUUUAAAAGGAAGAGUGUUAUGCUAAUAAAUAGCUCCUGGUGCAGGUAUGGUAGGGUUUUUUUGUUCUUAUUUUCACCCCUUCCAUUCUUAAAACUGUAUCAGGAACUCAAUUGCAGUGUGUUUUAGUGCUGUAGAAGGUCUUGGUUAAAUAAUAGUUCCAGUAAAAGGUUUCUUUUACUAAAGUGCUUUUCAGAAUAUAAUUUUUUAUAAAAUAACUAUAGCAGCAUGAUCUGUCUGAAGAACUAGAAGAGAUUUUCAAGACUCCUAAAAUAGCUUGCUUCUUCCUUACCUAGCAAUGUUACUGUUCCCAUUUAUAGCAUCUGUUCGUAAUGAAUCACCGCAGUCUUCUGAAUUAUUCUUCAGUAGUGCUUAUUUAUAUAUUUGAAUAUUAAAGGUGUUUUACAAAGUCGGGUUCUCUCUUUUCUCUGAGAAGCCUGUAGCCCAACUUAAAACAGAUAGCAACUGUUAAUGCAGGCAAGACUGGAAGUGGAGCCAUGCAGUCAUUUGUUUCCUAAGGAAUUAUCCUACAUCUAGUUUUAUAUAAUUGUUCUCUAAAUGUUUGUUUAUGGAGGGAGGGAAGCACACAUUCAGUUUCAGCACACAUUCAGUUUCAGGAGGCUACUCUGUGAUUUUUACAGUUGACUUCACAACCUAAGACUUACAACAUUCCUAGCUCAGCCAAAAAAAAAAAAAAGAGGAGCUCUGUAUUUCAGCUACAGGCCCAUUUGUGACAUUUUAAGCUCCAUGGGUUUCAGUUGGCAUUGACAUCACACUGGUUUUUCAAGCAUAUUUUUCCAAUAGUAAGUUCUACUCAGUUCAGUGACUGUUUUGCCAAGGAAAAUAAUGCUUGAGGGAUUAAAGCCAAGUGUAAUGCAGCUGUACAGCAAUGAAAUAAAGAAGUUAAAACCAAAAUAAAAAAUGCACCCACAUUGCUCUCUCUCAAGUGUUUUAAGAAUGAUGAUAAACAUGCUAUCUCAAGUGUUGUCAGCCAAAAACAGUAAUAAAGAAACCUUUAUAACUAGAAAA